AUGGGUCCUACUGGCGCUGGGAAGAGCACUUUUGUCGAUUGUGCGGUGGGAAGACCCACUGUGAAUGCCGGUCAUGAUUUGAUGUAUAUGAAGGGAAUUCGCCCGGUUCGAUAUCCUCAUUCCGAUGGCAUCCGCAACAUUGUUUUAGUUGAUACUCCUGGGUUCGACGAUACGUUCAUGACAGAUGCCCAGAUUCUUAGGCAAAUUGCGCAUUGGUUGAAUGCAACCUACAAAAAGAACAUCAAGUUGAGCGGCGUGUUGUAUUUGCACCGAAUUUCAGACAAUAGGGUUUCAGGGACACCGUUAAGGAACUACAAUAUGUUCAGGGAACUAUGUGGAAAGGAGAACUUCAAGAAUGUCGUCCUCGUUACUACGAUGUGGGAUGAAGUAACUGAAGAGGUUGGCUCAGCACGCGAAAACGAACUGCAGUCCGACUUCUGGCGGUCCAUGAUCAACUUGGGAUCAACCAUUCACCGCUUCGACGGGACUACGGAAUCUGCCUGGGAAAUUAUUAGCUGCCUUUCCGUGGCGCCACCCGUUGAGCGCCGUCCGCUUCAAAUGCAGCGAGAAAUGGUUGAUGGACCCGUGCCGCUUCACAGGAGAAGAGCUGUGACGGCGAUUUGUACCGGCCUCACAUCGAAUAUCGGGGGGAUUUUCAAGCAGUUCACAAAUCAUGCAAGGAGGUCUGGCCCAAUCCCACAGGAUAGCGAGCGUUUUCUUCGAGGAUCUCCGUUGCUUUCGACCAUUACCUCUGAUACUAGUUGUGGGUCUGUCGGGACGGAAAUGGUAUUUCCAUCUCAGAUUACAGAGAAUGAUUUUGUAAUCUUGUAUGUGGCAGCAUGA